GCGCCAUCAGAUCCGCUCAGAAAGCAAAUGCACCCGGUCUGGACUGCCAGCUGGAGGACUUUCAACAGAGCAUAUCUGUUAGGCUAUCUGUUCAUCCACGACGAUUGUCUACAUAGCAAACACAAGUUCUACAAGCAUGAAUGAGAAAUAGAGGAUUAUAAUGUGAUUAGGGAUGGUUUUGCGUUGCUUUCCGAGUCACCACUGCGGGAGGUUGAAGAAUCGUCGGCUUGACAGUGAACAGGUUUCCACGAGAUUCCCACGGAGCUCUUGUGAGCGAGAUGAACAACCCGCCGGUGUGAUCGUGCACAUGGAGAGCGCAAUCCACGGCGCGUGAACGCACGCACGGAGAUCCGUGUAUUCUCUGCGCUUUGGGCACCAUUCUUACCGGAUAUUCUUAAAAACCUUCGUCUGCAGAUACAGUUUCGUUUUUAAUUGACCUGCUUGUAUUUUGCAUUACUUAUUGAUUUCCAACGAAACACUAACAAACAUAAAUUAUGUUGAACUAAAGGGAUUCUUCAAACCCCUCAUAGAGUAGGAUGCAGCAGGAAUGAUCCCGGUCCAGCGCGUUAAAGCUCAGCCUCAGCUGUGGCACGUGAGCGCCGAAGCUCCUCCGUGGCUAUGGAUGGUCCCGACCACCUCCGGAAUGUGUAGGGUGGGAUCUGUUCCUCCCGUGCUCAUCUCCUCUCGCCCUCCUCCGGUGAUUCAGACGGUCUCGGGAUGGCAGAUGUCUUGCGAUCCGUUUGUGCCCGUGAUGCGCGCUGCCGCCGCGGAACCCGCGACCAUCAAUCAGUUCAGUCUGCCCAGUGCUCAGUGGGAGAUGCCGGCCAGGCAUCAUGUGUUGGGUUUCCAACCUUCUGCAAGUGUGGAUCUACUUCCAGUUUUUCCUCAAGUAUACCGGACGGUCCUGCCUCCACACUACGGCAAGGGCUGGGUGGAAAAACGUGUGCCUGACUACAAGUUUUAUCUAAACAACACUUUAGCUCUUGAGACCACCUGGAUCAGUCCAGAGGAAAUGGGAAUUUUCCAGCGUCAGGAAAAGCCACUGCUGAGGACAAAUCAAACGGCGUUGAGCAUAUGUAGGCCAGCUGCAGCCUCCAGGAAUAUCCACACUCUACUGCUGACACCCAGGCGCGUUUCAGGUAGGAGGAAGAAUUUAUGAUCCCAGCACCCAUUUUCCUACC